AUUUAAUUUUGAAUUUCUCUGUUGACAAUGAUUCAAUGUUAGAGGAAAAAGAAGCAUUUGGUACGAGUCCUCGUACGUUAUUAACUUCCGUUUGAUCGUUUUGUUUUGGGUAAAUCAUCUUUGAUCGUUGCUCCCUCCUUAGUAAAUGUAUAUUAAGUGUUCUAUAUGGGUAUCGAAAUCCACGGCAUGAAAAGUCUUCGGAAGUGGCAUAGUGAAAAUUUGUGCAAUCAAGUUUUUAAGGUGGAUAAUUGUUAGUCUAAAAAUGAACCAUGAGUCGAGCGAAAGAGUGUGAUAUAGGGAACAAAUUGGUGGCAAUUGGUUAAAGUGCACGUCAUAAUCAUAUCUGCAACCUAGAAGUUACGUUUUUGUCCCCACUGAAUCAGAAGGAUGCCUGCAAGAGGAAGAAGCGAUUUUCGGUUUGCCAGAAGCGUGAGGAGAGUGCUUGGGACUUCAAUGGCAGAUACUGUAUUGCCAAGCUGCUCAAAAAGCGUCCUCUCAUUUCAGAGAUCUGCAAAAUCUGUACAAACAACAUGCCGAAUCACUGUUCCUGGGACUGCAUCAACAAGUAAAGAAAAAUUGUCUAUGAAUGUUUUGAAGGACAAACAGUUGAUUCCUGAAUCAGAUCCCCCAAGCAUCAAAGAUGUUGAGCUUUUGUAUCAAUUCUUUGACCAGAGGUCGUCUUGUAACGGUCAUGUACUAUUCUGCAGAACUAAGCUUGUGGUCUUGACUGGAGCUGGAAUAAGCACAGAAUGUGGAAUUCCUGAUUACAGAAGUCCAAAUGGAGCUUAUAGUUCUGGCUUCAAACCAAUUACGCACCAGGAGUUUCUCCGUUCAAGUAGGGCCCGUAGGCGCUACUGGGCUAGGAGCUAUGCAGGAUGGAGAUGCUUCACUGCAUCACGGCCAGGUGCUGCUCAUGUUGCUUUGGCAUCUCUUGAGAAAGCCAGUCGGAUAGGUUUUAUGAUUACGCAAAAUGUAGACAGGCUGCAUCAUCAGGCUGGUAGCAAUCCACUUGAAUUGCAUGGCACUGUCUAUACUGUGGUCUGUUUAGAUUGCAGUUUCUCUUUCUGCCGGCAUUUGUUUCAAGAGCAAGUGAAAGCCCUUAACCCAAAGUGGGCAGCAGCAAUUGAAAGUUUGGACUAUGACAGCCGAUCAGACAAGAAAUUUGGCAUGAAGCAAAGGCCUGAUGGGGAUAUAGAGAUUGAUGAAAAAUUUUGGGAGGAGGAUUUUCACAUUCCCACUUGCCAGAAAUGCAAUGGAGUUGUCAAACCUGAUGUUGUCUUCUUUGGUGAUAAUGUCCCCAAGGAUAGAGCCGAUAAAGCAAUGGAAGCGGCAAAAGGAUGUGAUGCUUUCCUGGUGCUGGGAUCAUCUCUGAUGACCAUGUCUGCUUUCAGACUUGUUAGAGCUGCUCACGAGGCAGGUGCUGCUACUGCAAUUGUGAAUGUAGGCAUGACGCGAGCUGAUGACUUUGUUUCCUUAAAAAUCACUGCUCGACUUGGAGAGGUUUGGUUGUUGGAACUACUUUACACUUGUAUAACAUGGUACAUGAAAGCUUUUCUGAUCGUUGGAUUCUGUGGUUUUAUUGGUUCAGAUACUGCCAAGAUUGCUCAAUGUGGGUUCCCUCAGCAUCCCUGCUCUCUAGGAAUGGUACCAGAAAACAGGCAAUGAGAUUGAACUUGAAAGGAAGUCUGAGAUAAUGUCGUUGAACUGAUUUAUUACUUAAUUCUUUUUAAAUGAUCUGCAAGUGUUUUGUUUGUUUUUUUGUGCUCAAGCCGCCAAUGAAGGUUCUAUGUAGUGUGUUGGUUGCGCUUUGUGUUGGGAGGCAUGUCACUCUUAGCAAAUAAGUGUGUGUGUGUGUGUGUGUGUGUGUGUGUGUGAGAGAGAGAGAGAGAGAGAGAGAGAGAGAGAGAGAGAGUGAGCCAAAAAGAGAGCUGUGUACAUGAGCAGGGUCGGACCUUAGUUUUUGGACAUAAAUUAUUUGUGCAGAGUAUUUUACUCAUGUUCUGCAGUUUGGUUGGGCAAGGAGUAGGACUAUGUAUAGUAUUUCUCUACAGAAAUGAUUUCCAUUGAAGCCAAAAUUUGACGUCCAUGUUAUCUAUAUUGAUUGACUGAUGUUUGAA